CGGCGUGGCCGGGGCCGGGAGCGGGGCAGGAUCCCGGGAUCGGGAUGCGGGAAGCGGCCCGGGAGGCGGCCUGGCUGCCCGCAGCGACACCAUGCACCCGGCCCUGGCGGUGGGGCUGGUGUUCGGCGGCUGCUGCAGCAACGUGGUGUUCCUGGAGCUGCUGGCCAGGCGCUUUCCAGGAUGUGGGAACAUCGUCACCUUCUCCCAGUUCCUGUUCAUUGCCGUGGAAGGUUUCAUCUUCGAGGCCAAUUUUGGGAGGAAGAGCCCGGCCAUCCCAAUCAGGUACUAUGUGGUGAUGGUGGCCAUGUUCUUCACCGUCAGCGUGGUCAAUAACUACGCCCUGAACCUCAACAUCUCCAUGCCCCUGCACAUGAUCUUCCGCUCGGGAUCUCUCAUAGCCAGCAUGGCCCUGGGAAUCAUCAUCCUGAAGAAAAGGUACAGCGUGUCCAAAUACACUUCCAUAGCCCUGGUGUCCCUCGGGAUCUUCACCUGCACUUUCAUGUCUGCAAAACAAGUGGCCUCUGACUCCAGCCUGAACGAAGAGGAUGGACUCCAGGCUUUCCUGUGGUGGCUGCUGGGCAUCGCCGCCCUCACCUUCGCCCUCCUCACGUCGGCCAGGAUGGGCAUUUUCCAGGAGACGCUGUACCAGAGGUUUGGGAAGCACUCCAAAGAGGCCCUCUUCUACAACCACGCUCUGCCACUCCCUGGGUUCCUCCUGCUGGCUCCCGACAUUUACCGGCACGCCGUGCUCUUCAGCCAGUCCGAGCCGUUCCGGGUGCCGCUGCUCGGGCUGACUGUGCCGAUCAUGUGGUUCUACCUGCUGAUGAACGUCCUCACUCAGUACGUGUGCAUCCGGGGGGUGUUCACGCUGACCACGGAGUGCCCGUCGCUGACGGUGACGUUGGUGGUGACGCUGCGCAAGUUCCUGAGCCUCAUCCUGUCCAUCCUCUACUUCCAAAACCCCUUCACCGCCUGGCACUGGGCGGGCACCGCCCUCGUCUUCCUGGGAACCCUCCUGUACUCCGAGAUCUGGAACGGCAUCGGAGCCAUCCGUGCCCGGGGCAGGGCCAAGGAGCACUGACACCCCAAAAUUGGGGAGGGGACACUGGAGCAGUGACACAAACCCCAAAACUGGGGAGGGGACACUGGAGCAGUGACACAAACCCCAAAAUUGGGGAGGGGACACUGGAGCAGUGACACAAACCCCAAAAUUGGGAGGGGACACUGGAGCAGUGACACAAACCCUGAAGUUGAAGAUGGGACUUUGGAGCAGUGACCCCCCAAAACUGGGGAGGGGACUUUGGAGGAGUGACAUCCACCCCCCCCCCAAAAGUUAGGGAUGGGAAAUUGGGAGCAGGGAAUUCCCUCCCCCUUGAGGGGGGUGGUUUUUACAGGAAAGGGGGGCUGGCUGGGCCGAGCUCCCAAAAACUGGGCUGGAUCAUGGACAGACACAUCUUGGGGUUUUUUAAUACAACCCCUUUUUGCUUCCAGCUUUUCCUCCUGUUUUUUUUUUUUGGAUUGUUUUUUUGUGGUGUUUGGUUUUUGUUUUCCCAUUGGAAUGAGCCUUUGGAAGUCAAAGCUGACCUGGAUCUCUGUUGUUGGCUCUUCCCAUCUUGGAGCAGCUGGACCUGUUGGGUGCCAUCCUUUGACAUUCCAGAGGUUGAGCCUUGGAUCAGCUGCUGGAGCAGCACCUUGGGUUGUUCCAGUGGAAGUUUUCCAGUGGAAAUUCCAGGCCUGGUUGUUCCCUGAGUCCUUUGUCCCCUGUUCCUCCAAUCCUUGUUCCCUGAUCGCAGCACCUGUGCUGGGAGGGUGUUGGACACACCCAGAGCCUCCCAGUUCACCCAGUGGAUCCCGCCCUGGAAAACGGCUCGGGGGGUGAUUCCCAAGCUGCAGGAUCCCACCAGGAAUAGCAGGAUCCCAAAAACCCGCUGUGGGAAGAGUUCCCUCCAUCCCAUCCCGAGCCAUUGGGGGCUGAGGGGACCUGCAGCUCCAUCCUGGAAUCCCAAAGGAUUUUUCUCUUUUCCCAUCCCUUGGGAUCAGCUUUGCUGCGUUCCCAGCACUGCUUUGACCUCGAUCCCAAAAAAUCUGCUGUGGGAAAAGUUCAUCCCAUCCCAAGCCAUUGGAAGCUGAGGGGACCUGCAGCUCCAUCCUGGAAUCCUGAAGGAUUUUCCAGUUCUGUUUUUCCUGAGCCUGGAAAAAAACCCCUUUUUUAAGUGUCAAUCACGGGAUAUUCCCAAGGAUUUCGAGCUUCCCCUUCCAGUGGGUUGGUGGCUCCUCAAGGAUCCAGGGAGAGGCAAAUCCUUUAUCCCACUUUUUCCCCAUCAAAUCCACUCACCAAAAGCUUCAGCUCCACCCAGGAUGGGGGUGGGAAAAGCCACAUAAAUUUGGGAUGAGGAAAUUCCAGGGGGAGAGGUUUCAGAUCCCAGAAUUCCAAAUGCUGGGGUAGGGAUUGAGGGAUGUCCCAUCCUGGUGCUGCUCCCAGGAUUUUUUUGUUUGUUUUGGGAGCUUCCUGAAUAUUUAUCAUGGAUUGGGAGAAAUUUGGGAGAAAUUCCCUUCCUGCUGGAGGCAAAAUUAGGAUUUCAAUCCCCCCCUCUCCCAAAUAAAUGGGAUUUAUUGGGGUGAUUUAUUAGUGCUGAUUUAUUGGGGGGUGAUGGUUGCUGAUUAGGGGGUGGUUUUGUUGGGUUUAGGGGUAUUUUUAUGGAUUUAGGGGGAUAUUUUGGGGUUAUU